ACGAAAUCCUUUGCUACUAUAGAAGUCCACAACCCUCCUUCGGUGUUUCAACACUCGCAAAUUAGAAAGACAGUCACUCACAGUCAGGUGACGAGAAUUACUGCCCAACACACAGCCUCAACCACACAGCCGCAACACAGCUUCGCUCAACUCGUCGAGGAGAUCGCUCAGCAAAGCUCAAGAGGCAGGCGAUAGGAAAACUCUACAAAGGCCCAGCCCCUAUAAUCUUAAUCUGCAGCUCUUACCGGCGGCUUGCCAGCUACUGGCUUUGGCUCUGGAAUGGCGGUCCCGGCGUUCGGCUUCUCCUUUGGCGACUUUGUAGCAGGCAUUCAACUUGUGAAAGAUCUCAUCACCGCUCUGAACGAUACCGUUGGAGCGAAAGUGCAAUACCGACGUCUUAUCAGUGAAUUGGUCGUCCUCGAACGUGCCUUGACGGAGGUCCGAUAUCUCCAAGUUGAGAAUUCUCGGGCGUCUCAAAAGGUCGCCUUGGAGCAAGCUGCAUUCCAAUGUCAAGAGAGCAUAGAGGGCUUUCUGAAGCGUAAUAUAAAGUUCAAGGCGUCACUCGGUGUUGAGACGACCUCCCCGAAACGGAGUUGGCGCGCUAAUUUGCACAAAAUACAAUGGACUUUGUGCAAGGAAGAUGAGGUCGAUAAGCUGAGAGCGGAGAUAACAGGACACACUUUGACUAUCAACACUCUGCUGGCGACAAUACACUUGUCGACGACGAGGUCGCAGGCAGAGACGGCGAAUAACAACCAGCUGGAACACCGUAAGGUGACGGACGAGUCUCAGUCUCUCGUGAAGCGGAACCAUGAUCUUCUGACAACUCAAGCGGAACUUAUCCUCUCAAUUUCCCGGGGCGUCGUAACCUGUUCAACCCGUGAUCAAACCGAAGAACUCCAAUCAAUCAUGCUCAAAGUCCUCAAUACAAACAUGAAGAUCUAUCAGAUGGUCCUAGAUAUGCAGAAACUCCAAUUCCAACUCCCUCCGCAAGUUGAUCGUCAACAACCUGUUUAUUUCGAGGAUACCCAUGGCCGGAUUGCUCCGUUUCACAUCGAGUUCAUCAAUUCAUUCGAAGCAUUCCAGGCGGUGAUGGAAGUGCGGUUCCGCCACGUGCCCGGAUUAAAGAAAGUGCAAAAUAUCCAAUAUGCGAUAUAUGAGUCAAGAUCGAAGAGGAAGAUUGACCUCACAGCUCCAUGGGAAUCGGUUUUCUUGCCAGGAAGGAAGGUGAACAUGAGCAUGGUCUUUCGCAGGCCGCAGACGUCUAUGUCUUCAUGCCCUGCCUGUCUGACUGAGAAUGAGAUCGACGACAGCAAUGAAGGAUCCGAAAUUCAAUGGUAGGUUAUCAUUUUCAUUAUCGCUGGAUGUUCAACCAUGAUUCUGGCCCGGCCGCUAACCGACUAAGUAGUUCUAACGUGGACUGUAAGCAGUGGUUCUGGAGAAUCAUCGAGAUUCAGGAGCCAAAAUUCCAGUUGGGCAAGCGCAUUCUGAAAACUACACCAGCAUCAUCGAGGAAAGGAUCCAAACAGGCCAUCGUGGAAGGUGAUGGAUACGACGAGGAUGAAACUGCCGA